CAUCACAACACAUACACCACAACUUCACUCACACAACUAUUCACCUCUUCUCAAUCUCUCCUCACCACCACAACCAUGACUAAAGAUGUUGAAGUGGCGGAGCACCACGGCGGCGGAAGCGAGUACGCCGCUAAGGACUACCACGACCCGCCGCCUGCUCCGUUUUUUGACGCGGACGAGCUCACCAAAUGGUCAUUCUACCGUGCAUUGAUCGCCGAGUUUGUCGCCACACUCCUUUUCCUCUAUGUCACCGUUUUGACCGUUAUCGGGUAUAAAAGCCAGACUGAUCCUAAAUUGGACCUUGAUCAGUGUGGGGGUGUUGGCAUCCUCGGCAUCGCCUGGGCCUUUGGUGGCAUGAUCUUUAUUCUUGUUUACUGCACCGCCGGUAUCUCUGGAGGACACAUUAACCCGGCUGUGACAUUCGGGUUGUUUUUGGCGAGAAAGGUGUCGUUGAUUAGGGCGUUGGGGUACAUGAUAGCACAGUGUUUGGGCGCGAUUUGUGGUGUGGGUCUAGUGAAGGCUUUCCAAAGCUCGUACUACAACAGGUACGGUGGUGGUGCGAACGAGUUGGCUGACGGUUACAACAAGGGUACUGGACUUGGUGCUGAGAUUAUCGGCACCUUUGUCCUUGUUUACACCGUCUUCUCUGCCACCGAUCCUAAGAGGAGUGCACGAGACUCCCAUGUUCCUGUAUUGGCACCACUGCCCAUAGGAUUUGCCGUAUUCAUGGUGCACUUGGCCACCAUUCCCAUCACCGGAACCGGUAUCAACCCUGCCAGAAGUUUUGGCGCCGCGGUGAUCUACAACAACGAAAAGGCCUGGGAUGAUCAAUGGAUAUUUUGGGUUGGACCAUUCAUCGGAGCAUUCGCCGCUGCAGUCUACCACCAGUUUGUGCUUAGAGCCGCCGCGAUCAAAGCACUUGGUUCAUUCCGAAGCAAUGCUUAAGCUUGAAAGAUGUUCAUCCAGCCAUGGUGGUUCUUGGCUUGUAGAUAUCUUUGAAAAAAAUCGUUUAUUGUAAUUGUAUUUUCUUUUGAGUUUCGUUAAUAUGUAUGCAAGUGUGUUUUUUUUUUCUUUCUUUUUUUUUUUUUUAAAUUUGAUUUUGAUAUCUAAUGGUUUCAAGAUCAAAUGGUGUGAGAUAUGAAAUUUAUGUUAUCAAAAGUUCACGAAAAUGGUUGUUAAUUUAUUGAGGUUAAAUA